AUGAACAGUAUCUUGUGUACGUUGAAUGAUAACGCGCGAGCCUCAGCUCUGCCAUUCUCGCAGCUGAUAAUUCCUUCCAGUCUCUCCCCUGAGCUUUUUCCAAGGCGUGUGCACCCAUGGCCUCCACAAGGAAGUUUCCCAACUGUGGGCUGUCCCUGCGAUCAGUCGUGGCCAUCCUAGUGAUCGUUCAAGUCUUUCUCUACUUCACGUGGCGACCACAUUCUGUCUGCGAACGCGAAGUACUAGUGUACGGGCCCCUGGAGAUGAUCUCCCCCGCGUCCAUAGGGAGGACUCGCGUGGCUUCAGAUGAAGACGGGGACACAAGCGAGGGGAAAAUAACGAUGAGGAUCAUCUUGCCCCUUUUCCCUGUUCAGAACCGAUACAAAAAAUUCUUUGUGGAAGCGGGUGCCCUGGACGGGAGAACGAUAUCGAAGACCCUCUAUCUGGAAGAAUUCUACAAUUGGACGGUGCUUUUGGUGGAACCGAAUCUUCAUCUGUUCCACAAGAUGACGACCCAGGGAAGAAAUGCUUGGCUCGCUCCCUAUUGUCUCUCACCAAAGAACGAAACCAUUCAUGCAGUGAUGGAGUAUCCCUACGACCCGAACGAUCCAAUUGCUUCCUGGGGAGGCGGAAUCAGCCAGAAACAGAAAGUGAAGGGUGCGAUAAAGAAAGGGGCGACCAUCUACUCGGCGCUUGUCAAGUGCUACCCUCUUCACAUGCUAUUGGACGCUAUAGACAUCAAGACCGUCCACUUCUUCAGCCUGGACGUGGAGGGCGUGGAACUGCAGGUUCUCAAGACUCUGCCCUUCCAUCGCAUCGACUUCCAAGUCAUCCAGGUGGAGCACCUUUGGAACGACGAGGGUCCUGAACCUCUCAAGAACUUCCUACUUUCUCUUGGAUAUACAUUAGUGGAAGAAAACGGCAGCGAAUCCAUCUAUGCUAACAUGACAGCACUGCAUUGAGGAGUCAGUCGCUUAAGAAUCAGAAGGAUAUGAGCCACACUUCGGUGGUUCAUUUGUUCGUUGAAAAGGAAAAUAUGCCAAAUGGGUUUCAAAGGGAAAGGAAUCAUUGACCAUAUGCCGAUUUUUGCCUACUCCUCAUAUCAGAAUCGGAAAGCGAAGGGAAAAGACCCAGCGUGGUUUUUUGUUUGUUUGAGGGUUGUACUUGAUCUUGUGAAUUUCUUAUUGAAUUAUUUUUAUUUUCGGAGAAUAUUUCGCGGAAAACGGCUCUGUCUGGGCGUCAAUCGCGAUGCCUUCGAGGUACGGCGAUACCUGUCUCACAUCUCCGCUCAUGUGAACAUGUGAACCUAAUAUUAACAGCUUGGUGCUGUUAUUUGUUGAUAAGUGCCGUUUUCUUUCUUUCCUCCAUACGGCUGAUGGUUUGAGGAUGUGAAGAUGCCCAUACGCAGUGGCUGACCAUGAAAAAUAUGACUGCAAUGGGACUCUUAACUUUUAAAUUAAAAUUUGAAGACCGAUUGAAGACCGUUAACAUUGCUAACACGACGGCACUGCUUUGAGAAGUCCAUGUCAUUGAAGAUCAAAAAGGAAUAAACCCGACAUCAGUGGCUCAUUUAUAUGUUACAAAAUAAAAGGCGUUAUUUGGGUUGCAAAAGGCUUGAAAUCGCGGACCUGGCG